UGAGCUUUCGGUUCUGAAUUUUUGUUCAAUUCCUUUUCUUGGAAUUCCAAUUUCCAAACUUCCGGAAACUGGGUUUGUUCUGAGGGUUUGAAUUUAGCGCUUUAUGGUUUGUGAUUGGGGGUCUUGAGAUUCAGGAUGGACGAAGCUCAGGGCAGUGCGAAUACGUUGCCUCCUUUCCUGACAAAGACUUACGAGAUGGUCAAUGAUCCUUCCACAGACCCGGUUGUCUCCUGGACUUCUAGUAAUAAGAGCUUUAUUGUAUGGAAUCCACUGGAGUUUUCGAGCGACCUGCUGCCGAGAUUCUUCAAGCACAACAACUUCUCUAGCUUCAUUAGACAGCUUAAUACAUAUGGUUUUAGGAAAGUGGAUCCGGAGAGAUGGGAAUUUGCAAACGAGGAUUUUGAAAAAGGUCGGCCGGACCUUUUGCGGAACAUCCACAGGCGAAAACCGGUUCACAGCCAUUCGCUGCAGAAUGUGCAAGGACAAGGAUUGUCAUCUUCAUUACUGGAUCUUGAAAGGAAGAGAUUUAAGGAAGAGGUUGAGAGGCUUAAGCACACCAAUGAAAAGCUUCUUUUGGAGUCAGAGAAACAUGAACUAGAGCAUCGUGAAUUACAGCUGCAAAUGCAAUCAAUGAAGGAGCGGUUUCAAUGUGUGCAGCAGCAGCAGCAAACAUUGCUUUCUAAUGUAGCGCAUGUUUUGAAGAAACCAGAAUUGACUAUUUAUUUUGUGCCAGAAUCAGAAUCUCAUGAUAGAAAGAGGAGGUUGGCAUCAGUCACCUACUACUACAAUGAAUCCAGUGCUGAGGAUGAUCAGAUAGAGCAUUCCCAUUCAAUGUCAAAACAGCAUACGGAUUACUCUUCUGCCUCAGAUCUAAACAUGGAGCAGAUUGACCAGUUAGAGUCAUCCCUGACAUUUUGGGAGAGGACCAUUCAUGAUGUUGAUCAAUCUAUCACUCGACCUACUCUGAAGUCCAAUCAAAUCGAAAGUGGCAUCAAAAGCCCACUUAUUCCUUCUGUACAACUAGAUAGGAAUCUUCAGUCCAAGUCACAUGAUAUUGACAUGAAUUCAGAGCCUGUUGGAAGUAAUGCUUCUGAUCCAUUUGCCUCAAGAAAAGAAGCUGGUGAAACCACUGCAAAUAUGCGCAAUGGGGCUAAUGAUAUGUUUUGGGAACAAUUCUUGACCGAGAAUCCUGGUUCAUCUGAUCCUCCAAGAGUUGCAUUCGAAGGCAAGGAUUCUGAUAACGGGAGAAAGAAUGAGAGUAAAUCCAUAGGCUUUGGAAAACUUUGGUGGACUGCAAACAAGAUAAAUAACCUUACAGAACAGAUGGAACAUCUUACUCCAACUGAGAAAACGUGACAUUUUGAUAUUUUUUUAAGUGUUGGUGCCCUUGUUGCCCACGUGUAAUAAAUUUAGGUACUAAUGAAAUCAAUAGAUUGUCGAUAGAUUGUGCAGCUAUAAAGAGCAUUACUGUCUGUGAGAUUUAACUCUUUCCUA